UUUAUUACAGCUCCAUGGAGAUGUGAAAAUUAAGACUUCACACAUGAUGAAACUCUGAAUGAACCGCUGAGCGCCGCGCACACGUCACACCGGCGCGUUAUCGACGGGAUUUUCCGCUCGUGUUCCGGAAUGUGCCGGAAAAAGCCGAAGUGUUCCUCUGAGCGCGGACAGACGGACGGACGGAGGCUCAGAUGGAGGAAACGUGCCGCGGACUCUCAGCUGUGCUCCACUGCGUCCUGCUGCAGGCGGGCGGGCGGGCGGUCGUCCUGGAAGUUUCUCCCAGAAGAAGCUCGCUGUUUGUUUCUCUUCUUCUUAACUCGAUCCGUGUUGGACAGUUUUGUCUUUCUUCAGUGAUGAAAGUGUGAAACUUCUCACCCAGGCAUCAUGGGGUGAAUGUGACCUGAGAGGAGGAGGAGGAGGAGGAGGAGGAGGUGAUGGUGAUGAAGGAGAGUCGUGACCGAACUGACAGCAGGUAACCAUGGUGAAGGAGAGUCUGCCCAGCUGGGUCCACCAGGACUCAGACGAGGGUCUGGUCCACGUGAACGUCGGCGGUCUGAAGAGGAGUCUCUGCUCCAGCACGCUGAAGAAGUUCCCCGACACCAGACUGGGAAAACUGCUGGCGUGUGACUCAGAGGAGGACAUCCUGCAGGUGUGUGACGACUAUGACGUGCAGCAGAAGGAGUUUUAUUUUGAUAGGAACCCCGGCCUCUUCCCUUAUGUCCUCCACUUUUAUCAGACCGGCAAACUCCACAUCAUGGAGGAGCUGUGUGUCUUCUCCUUCAGUCAGGAGAUCGAGUACUGGGGCAUCAAUGAGUUUUUCCUGGACAGCUGCUGCAGUUAUCGCUACCACGACCGCAAGCUGGAGAGCAGCCGGCAUCGCAGCUGGGACGACGAGAGCGACGUCAGCAGCAUCGACACGUCCGUGGACGAGAUCUCCGACCUCAACAGAGACAUGCAGCACUUCCAGGAGGUGCGUUAUGGGAACGUCAGGAAGUGUCUGUGGCUGACGCUGGAGAACCCGGGAUACUCCAUCCCCAGCAAGCUCUUCAGUCUGGUGUCCAUCGGAGUGGUGCUCACCUCCAUCGCCACCAUGUGUAUCAACAGCAUGCCGGAGUACCAGACUUUUGACAGCGAGGGGAAGAUGGUGGAGGACACCACCAUGCAGGCUCUGGAGGUUUUCUGCACCUGCUGGUUCACAUUCGAGGUGGUGACGCGGCUGCUGCUCGCGCCGAACAGGAAGAAGUUCUUCCAUCACCCUCUGAACAUCAUCGACAUGGUGUCUGUGGUGCCCAUCUACAUCACUCUGCUCUUCGACCUGACGGUGGGGGCGGAGUCUGAGCUGGGAAACCUGGGACGACUCAUUCAGGUGUUCAGGUUGAUGAGGAUCUUCAGAGUAUUGAAGUUGGCCCGACACUCGACAGGACUGAGGUCUCUGGGAGCGACACUUCGGCACAGUUACCGUGAGGUCGGCAUCCUGCUGCUGUAUCUGGCUGUCGGCGUGUCCGUCUUCUCUGGAAUCGCUUACACCGCCGAAUAUGAGGAGGAUGUGGGUCUGGACACCAUCCCGGCCUGCUGGUGGUGGGGGACGGUGAGCAUGACCACGGUGGGUUACGGGGACGUGGUGCCCGUCACGGUGGCCGGGAAGUUGGCGGCAGGCGGCUGCAUUCUGGGCGGCACCCUGGUGGUGGCGCUGCCCAUCACCAUCAUCUUCAACAAGUUCUCCCACUUCUACCGGAGGCAGAAAGCUCUGGAGGCGUCGGUGAGGAACAACAACCGCAGGAAGAUGAGACUGAGCUGUGAGAAGGAGCCCGAGGACGAGGAGGAGGAGGACGAGGACGAGGAGGACGAGGACGAGGGGUCGGACGGGGACAGCAGGUGUCUGGACGACGACGACAUGGAGGAGGACGAUAUAGACUACGUGGACGACGGAGGCGUGAUCAAUUACAGCUACGUGGAACAUCCAUCGUACACGUCGAUACUGAAGAUGAAGGAGCUGCGUCAGCUGUGACGAGCUCGACUUCAGACCAGGUUCAAAUCAGUCGGAUGCUUUCAGGAUCGUUCAGCUGACUUUGAUCUGAUCCAACGCCACAGAGAUCAAGUGUCAGCCGUCAGACGAGACUCCUGAUCCUCAGUGAACCAAGCAGACAGCAGUUUGAGUAGACGCUUCUGAAAAUCAAAGUUACAGACGGCAUGCGACUGAAGUCUGACACUUUGGGUCUUCCAUGACAGACUGUUCUGUAGUUUGUCUCAGUCUUUGUGCAUGUUGGGAGGUUUGUUCACUCUGAUACUGGACGUGUUUCUGUGUUAAAAACAUGAAUGUGAAGAAAAGACUGAAGUGAAACAGCAUGCAGGCAAAUAAAGUUACCUGAAUAUAAAAUAUCAUGACGAGAGCGUCUGUGGAAGAAGCUGCAUGUUCCACGUGAGACACGCUUCAGAUCGUCUCAUCAUCAGGCGUCGUCUUCAUGUCAGAAGACUGAAAGGUUUUAUUUUUUUAUUUCUUCUCACUUUUAGCUCGUACUGCAGACGCUUUACACACAAAUAAACUUACUAAGUAUGAGAUGUGGGACACGGCCAAUCAGCUGUCGUCUCUUCGCUUGUGUAGGUGUUGCUCCUGGAGCGUCAUAACUAAUGUUGAUCGAAGAUUAUUUCAGUUUACAAAAAAGCAACAAAACCCACCUGGAGCGAGCUGUGAUUCUCACUCAGGAGACGAGGAUCCAAAUCCUUCAUUUAUUAUUUCCAUCAAGUUCCUGUUGUUUCCUGUCGCAGCAGAAAGACGUGGUUAGGUUCAGGGAAACAUGUUCUGGGUUCAGAUAAACCUUUUCACCACGUGUUUGAAACAUCAUGAGCUUAUUUUUCUGGACUUUUUCCCCCCAAGAGGCUCAAAUGUGACAUCACAAAAACGUCGUUGGUCAGUUGUAACGAUGCUCCUCAGUGGAACAAUCUGACGUCCUGGUGUUGUGACGAGUGUUGUAAAAACUGUGAACACAUGAAUACGUAUUAACUGUUGUAAAUGUCAGUAACAGGCUACAUGUUGUCAGCUGUAUGCUAACAUUAGCAUGCUAACAUGCCUGCAAUAUCAAUGACUCCUGCAGGUGUGAUGUUUACCCCCGUCACCAUCUCAGUUAGUGCCGUUAGCAUGUUAGCUUGAGGACGAAGCACAUCUGAGUCUGAGUGUCAUCAGUUUUCUAAUAAACCAGAAAUUUGACAACAUUUAAGUUUUGACCCGCUGAUGAAGCAGAGAGACGGAGACGGUCUUCAUCCUGAGGGGAUCGAUGAGUCUGAGCCAGAUUUCAAGGUGAAACUCAUCCGUUAGUUUUUCUGAUACUUCAGUUUGGAUCAGCGCGGUGGGCGGAUCAGAGCCGAGGUGUUAAAAAUAGGAUCAAAAUAGAAACUCUAUCACAGAAUCUAAUAUUACCUCCUACAGCAUCGCAGGAAUCAAAACAGAAGAACAAACAGCGUUUUAUUCUCUAAUAUGUCUGAGAAGACUGACGACGAACACGUUGUUCAGUGUUCGAGUCUGUCAGAAGCUCAGAGUUCAUUUGCACGACGCCCUCGGUGAGAAUCGUCCUCACAAACAGAUCACAGUCUGUCAAACUGUCAUUUAACAUCACGGUGACUCCGCUGAUGUUUGAUGAGCUGCUGAUCUGACUGCAGCUGUGAGCGUCACACACCAGCUCACGUCUCAGCUGCUCUUCUUCAUUUUACUGCCUCCAUUCUUCUUGUUUCUGUCUGUUCGGCUUGUAGGAGACUGAUCAAGUGCAGAAAUGUAGGAAUUUACAAAAUCUGUGAUGUAAUUUUAUUUAUGAUUUAAAUUUGACCAUAUUUGCUGUUUGAUAAAGUACUUCCAUCCUUUACUUGAGUAAAAAGUAACAAUACAACACUGUAAAAACAAAAGUCCUGCAUUUACUUAAGUGGAAAUGUAUCAUCAGUAAAAUGUUCUGACAGUGUUCUGCAGGAGAGGCUCCUCUGGACCGUCUCAGUGUCAGGAAUAUUGUAUUUGACGUUACUGUUAUCGAUCCAUACGCAGCGUUUCACAGUGGGAGCUGCUGGAGGUGGAGCUGAAUCAGUGAGAAUAUGUACAGUUAGUUCAGUCCAGUGGUGAAAUAACUGGAAUUUGGCUCUGCAGCAGGACAGGAUGAGAACAUUAAUGUGUUCGCUGAAGAUUUUCUAGCAGCAUGAAGCCGAAAACCAGCAGAAUCUGGGAGCUUUUUGCUCUGAAAGAGGAGAAGAAGGAAAACAGGUUGAAGCGUCUCAACAAGACGAAUGACAUUAAGACGUCCGUGCAGCUCAGCUUGUGUUUCACAUAAUGGACGCUGGUGAAUCUUCCUGCAGGUUCCCUUCAUAUCUGAGAGCAUUAAAGAGGAGGAGAGAUGACGCUAACGCAGUUUGAAGCUCCGUCAGGACGAGUCAGAGCUGAAAGCUGCGAUCUGUCAGAGGAAACAGGAGAAAAGAAAGUGAAGCAAACGUUCAUCUGAGGCCGUGACAGAGUUCAGUGCUUCUUUAUUAGCAAGAGACAAAGAAAAUAUGAAACUAAAGUAUUGAUGCAUGCUGACAGAAAUAAACUAUAAGAAUGAUGUAAAUGAGAAACAGAAAUGAAACGAGCGGCUGGAGUCUCACAGCUGGACGUCUGAGGACAGCUGGAGACGUUUCAGAUGUUUCUGUGAACUAAAACACGAGAUGAUUGUAGAGACAGUGGAGAUCUUCACCCGCCAUCAGGACGAGCAAAACAGCUGUUUUUCUGACCCUAACCGAGUGAUUUUACUGCCUAAACCCAACACAGCAUGAACACAGUUGCAGAAACUCAGCGGACGAUCAUGAACAGUUUGGUUCCGUCAGUGACUCCACAGAGAAAUUACACGUCCAUGUUCUCCAGAACUUGAAUUUGAUUUUCUCGCAUUAAUGAAAAUAAAACGAC